UAUCCCCAAACAGUUGAUUUUCAGUACUUGUCUUGUUUCUGUAUUGCUAAUAUAUUUACUUCUUCCUUGCAAAAACCUGUCAGUAAAAAAACACAUUGGUUUAAAGAGUAUGAAAUAGCAAAAAAAGCACUUGAUCUAACAAUACAGCUUAACUGUGAUGACGAAUUUUUUGGUAUGAUAGAAGAAUUCAUUUCAUCUAAAACACAUGAGCUACAAUAUUUAGAAGAAAAUAGGAAUGCUA